CAAAUGCAUAUGAAAUUAAAUUUAAGCAAAAUAAAAAUAAGAAAAGAACAAAGAAAAGGCAAUCGCAAGUUUGCAUCCAAAUACUUUGUGAGUGAGCAAUCGAAUUUAAACCCAUAUUGGCAACUACAGGAAUACUUUGGUGAAUUUUGCACGGCGGCAAGGCUCUUAAGGAAACGCAAAGAAAUUUAAACAUAUGAUGACAUUGGCUUGACGCAGUCACGGACGACAAUAUUCAACAAAUCAAUACCAUUCACUUGGGCACUUCAAUCAAUCUCAGCAAGCAACUCGUGAGCAAGCAUAACUUUGACAUUUUAUUCAACACCACGAAAGGUUUUUAACAUCCUGCUGCUGCAAGAAUUCUCCAACGUUCUUGUGAACGUUUGGGCUUUUGAUUUUUACUGUCAAGCCACCAAAGAAAUUAUGGAUGCAACAGAUAUCCAUGCCCUAGUCGAUAGUUUAAGUGGAGCAUCGGCCACAGAUCUGGCCAAUGCAUUUGCCAAUUUUUCAACGGAUAUGCUGCAACAGGCGAACGCCUUGUUGGUAUCCAGUCCAGGCGAUUUGGCGGCAAGCGAGGCCAUAGCACAACAUUUGACAGAUAUUGACGCUGCCUCGGCAUUAGCCAUUCUCAAUAGUGAUAAGUCGUAUGUCAAUCGAACUAUGGAGCUACAAUGUUUGCAACAAGCUGAACAGCACAAAGUCAGCGCAUCCAGCAAUGCCUUGAAUGUGCUCUCCUGUCCAGUCUCAUUUGAUUCAGUGCUAUGUUGGCCACGGACAGCAGCAGGAUCAUGGGCCAUCUUGCCAUGCUUUGAGGAAUUCAAAGGAGUUCAUUACGAUACCACACAGAAUGCUUCCCGAUUUUGUUUUCCAAAUGGCACUUGGGACAGAUACUCGAACUAUGACAGUUGUGAUCAUGCCACUGCAGCGCCACCUAUACCUGAUUUUGCUCCGGCCGUUGAAUUGCCCACCUACAUCUACUGCUGUGGUUAUUUUCUCAGUUUAAGUGCUCUAGUUUUAGCUCUAAUUGUAUUUCUAUGCUUUAAAGACUUGAAAUGCCUUCGGAAUACCAUCCAUGCGAAUUUAUUUCUCACCUAUAUCCUUUCAGCCUUAUUGUGGAUAUUGACACUGUUCCUGCAAGUGAUGACAGAUCAUGCCAGCCAAGCGGGUUGCAUUACCCUAGUGAUGAUGUUUCAUUAUUUCAAUUUAACAAAUUUCUUCUGGAUGUUUGUUGAAGGUCUCUAUUUGUACACGCUGGUUGUGCAAACCUUCUCCAAUGAUAAUCUAGGAUUUUUGCAGUACGCCAUAAUUGGUUGGGGUUGUCCAGCGGUCAUUGUGUUUGGAUGGUCCAUUGCUAAAAUUUAUGCACCGCCUUUAAGUACGGAAAGAUUUAUUGGGCUGGAAAUCGAGUGUUCUUGGAUGAGUGAAUCUCACAUAGAUUGGAUAAUUCAGGGACCGACGUCAUUGGUUCUUUUACUAAAUUUGGCAUUUCUCAUACGAAUAAUGUGGGUGCUCAUCACAAAGUUGCGCUCGGCCAAUACCUUGGAGACGAGGCAAUAUCACAAGGCAUCCAAGGCAUUGCUGGUCCUAAUACCACUUUUUGGCAUUACCUAUCUGCUGGUGCUGGUGGGACCAGAGCAGGGCAUCAGUGCCAAUGUAUUUUACAAUACCAGAGUCUUUUUAAUUAGCACCCAAGGAUUUUUUGUGUCGCUGUUCUUUUGCUUUCUCAAUUCGGAAGUGCGACAAACACUGCGACACCGUUUCAAUAGAUGGCGUGAUCAUCGCAAUUUGAGGCACGGCAGUAUGCACAGGAAUCGCAGAAAUAAGGACUCAUACCUACACACACAAUCGCACGCACGCAUACAAGUAUCUUUGACUUAAAAGUUAGUAUCAACGUCAUU